UUAACAAAUGAUUUGAAUGCAAUUGAAAGCAAUAAUUAAAUAAUAAUUAAAUCAAAAAUAAUUAUUUAAAUUUAAAAUUCAAUAUAAAUAGUGAUGUCAUUGAUUAAGAUUGAUAUCAAUUGGUCGCCGAUUGCCGACAGAUUCAUCACAUUUGGUAACGAUCUGAAGCUCUUCCAGUGCGAGACAAUAGCUAAAGAGUCACCAAAAAGUUUUGCCGGGACUCAAUUGUCGGACAAAAUAUAUGCAAAUAUUAUCGCCACAAACAGCGAAAUACAGUUUGUUAAAUGUAUUGCAAUAAAUCCCAAACCGAUUCACUCGGAAAACGAUGUCCUGUUGGCCACCGGACACACGUCUGGCAAAGUACUGUUGACGAGCUUUCAUUAUAAUCCCGACAAUACGGGAGUCAUUGGACGCGAGUUUGUGCCGAAACACGCGCGACAAUGCAAUUGUCUGGACUGGUCUCUGGCCGACACCAAUUUGUUAAGUGCCGGUUUCGACCGCAUCCGCAAUGAUUACGCGGUACUUGUAUGGGAUGUCCAACGAAAAGCCAGUGUCAUAGCUAUGACUGAAAGCUAUUCACCGAAACCAUUACAUGAGUUAGCUUUCGGCGAAUUAACUCAUUCACUGAAGUGGCUGUUGAGCCACAAACAGGCCAUCAUUUGCGGAAUGAAUAACAAACAUUUGAAAUUAUUUGACUUAAGAGACUCCGGUAAACCAUUGUCUACCAUUACUAAAGCCGUCCACGGACUAGCAUUGGAUCCUAUCUAUGAUAAUAGAUUUUCAUCAUAUUUUGAAAAUUACAUUUAUGUUUGGGAUAUUCGCAACAUUGAAAAACCGGUCACUACUAUAGGACCCGAACCCAAACCUAUUGUGAAAAUAGAGUGGUCACCGACCAGAUCUAAUAUGUUGGCCUCACUUAUAAAAGAUGGGACCGGUAUUAAACUUUUUGAUAUAAAAGAUUACGUGAAUGCAAAUAAUGAUUUAGAGCCGGCAAUAAUUGACAGAAUAGUCAAUCCAUUUGACUUAUCAAAUAAAAGCAAAUUAUCAUCAUUUUCAUGGCAUCCGACACAUGAAUCACGAAUGAUUUUUGUCACACCUUCGGGAACAUUACGUGACUUUACUGUUGUCGAUAGGAUUACUUUGAACUGGUCACCAGUUUCGGAGAUAAUUUGGACACACGGCAAGAAGAUUCUUCAAUGUAUUGAUUCUAGAGAUACUGUUUAUGAGUCCAUUGAUGAUAUAGCCGUUAAAAUGCGUAAAUUAGCUUUAGAUGGUUAUGGACUCUCUAAUGACAAGUUGUGGCAAAUGUUUCCAAAUGAUACGACACUAUAUAAUGUCUGGAAAUGGAUUGAAUCACAUUUAGUUGACAAAGAAAAGAAUACAUCACUAUUGGCAAAGAAUCUGAUCACCAAUGAAGAAGAUCUUAUCAAUUCACAGGACGCCCAACGACUUUAUGGCGUCCGAUCUAUUCUUAUGGAAAGUGAUACCAAAUUGAAAAUCCAAAGCGAAGUCGUUAUCUUUCAUAAUGAAAGCAAAUCAUUUGAUAAGAAUCUCUCAAAUAAUAUAAUUAAAAAAUAUUAUAAAAGUAACGAUAGACGCAAAGCCCUAUUGCAUUGCGGAUGGGAUACAAAUUUUGAUAGCGACUCACAAAAUGCACGAUUAGUCCAAUCUUUGGUGACCAGUGGCCAAUUUACCCGUGCGGCCGCUGUCUUAAUAUUUGGCGGCGGAAAAAUUAAGAAAGCAAUUAAUACAUUGAAAAUGGGAGCUGAGGUCGGCAAAGAUAAAUCAUUUAAUGCCAUUGCUUUGGCAUUAUCUGGAUAUACACGGGACAGGAAUUCGUUGUGGUGUGAAAUGUGUCACAGCAUUCAAGUGCAAUUGUCGGACCCAUACUUAAGAGCUAUUUUUACAUUUUUAACCACCGAUUCGGAAACUUAUUCAGAAAUAUUGUAUAAAGACUCGUUAGAYAUUGCAGACAGGAUUGCUUUUGCCUGUAUAUAUCUGUCCGAUCAAUCGUUAUGUGAAUAUAUUAAUUAUUUGACGCAAACAAUGAUUGAAAGCGGAAAUCUAAGGGGAAUAAUAGUAACGGGUAUUACAAAUGAAGGACUUGACUUAUUUGCCCGUUAUAUAGAGCUUACCACUGAUGUCCAAACAAUUAGUUUAAUAUUAUUAAAAGCUCUUCCCAGUGCUAUCAGUCAAUCUCCCAGAGCUAAGAUGUGGACAGAAAGYUACAGACAAUUACUGGACUGUUGGCGUCUGUGGAACAUAAGAGCCCAGUUUGAUAUCGAUUGGUAUAAAGGAUUGUGUCAUUUGAAAGAACCGAAACAACAGAUAUUUGUUUCAUGCAAUUACUGUGGUUUUCCAAUCAGUUCAUACAUUAGUCAACCUAAGACAGUGAAAGCACAGGAACAGUAUCAGCAACAGUUGUCACACCAUCACCACAACCGAAGCAGUUCUACCACAUCAUCGAUUCAUAAGAAUCGCAUUCAAAGUUGUCCUCAAUGCCGAAAACCAUUACCCCGUUGUGCGCUUUGUUUGACACAUUUAGGAACACCUGGCGGCCAAUACUGGAGACCAGGUCUUACGUUCAAUAAAAGUGAAAGAAAGUUAACACCUUUUAAUUCAUGGUUUACUUGGUGUCAAACGUGUAGACACGGAGGUCACGCCAACCAUAUAAUACAAUGGUUUAAUGAACACAUCAAUUGUCCGGUUGCCGGUUGUGAAUGCAAAUGUAUGUCAUUGGAUGCCAACUCGAAACUGUCAUCAAAUUUGCCGGUUUAAUAACAAAUAUUCAAUUUAUUAUUUAUAUUUUUAUAUU